CUAGAGGUGAUUGUCAAGAAUCCGUCCUUUAUGCUGUAUUUGCUUUGGAUUGCACCAUAUCCAACAGUCGGCUUGAAAUCCUGCAUUUAUUCCUUGGAAUCGCAUGCCCGAAAACAAUGGUGGCCAGCGUCCACAGUUCUCCUUUAUUCGGCCCUUUUCACAUAUAAAUUUUUUUAUUCUGUCCGCUCAUUCAUGCGCUCCCUUGCAUACAAGUUAUACACCCACAGAGCAAGAUAAUAAGCUGCAGAUUUUCGGGAGAUGGAGAAUACGGGUCCGCAUCGCGAUGCAUUCGACGUGUGUGGGCCCCACAACGUCCCUUCUAUUAGCUGGAAAGACCUAAUCAGCUCCACCUGGAAAGACAGCAACUACAAAAGGACCGUAAUCGCCUGCUUCAUACAAGCAGUCUACCUGCUCGAACUCGACCGGCAAGAGAACCGCAAAGACCAAAAUGCCCUCGCCCCAAAAUGGUGGACGCCCUUCAAAUACAAACUCACCGAAAUCCUCACAGACGAACGAGACGGAUCAAUAUUCGGUGCAGUACUCGAAUGGGACCGUUCAGCUGCCCUAUCCCAUUUCAUUCUCACACGACCAAAUGGGGCCCCACAGGCCAUCCUAGCCUUCAGAGGGACUCUUCUCAAAACCCCCACAAUCAGACGGGACAUCGAAGACGACCUGAGGUUCCUAGCCUGGGAGAGCUUAAAAGGGUCGAUCAGGUUCGGCCUCGGCUUAAAGGCGCUGAGGAAAGUUUCGGAAAAAUACGGUAGCCGGAAUGUUUGCUUGGCGGGCCACUCGUUGGGGGCUGGAUUUGCACUUCAGGUCGGGAAGGCUUUAGCCAAACAGGGCGUAUGCGUGGAGGCUCACUUGUUCAACCCCCCCUCGGUUUCAUUGGCUUCGGGUCUGAAAACUGUCGGGGAAAGUGUUGGGUAUGUGUGGGACCGGGUUAGGUCCAUGCUCCCAUAUGUGAACGGGGAUGGUGGGGCCCAGCGGGCUGAGAAUGGAGACGGGUCGAAGCGAUUGUUGUGGGUGCCUCAUUUGUAUAUAAACAGUGGGGACUAUAUUUGUUGCUAUUAUACGGAUGGGCAAGGUGGUGGGGCGAGGGUUGAGAGUGGGCCGUGUUUGGCCAAAGUGUUGGUGUUUUCGAAGGGGGGGAAGCAGAAGUUUGUGGAGGCGCACGGUUUGGAGCAAUGGUGGUCGAGUGACAUGGAGCUGGAGAUGGCGCUGAAUAGUAGCAAGCUGAUCAGCAGGCAGCUCAAGUCGUUGUAUAGCCUCCCGCCAUCUGAAUAGUUGUAAUGUCGAUUUGGUCGUAAUUGUGUGUGUGUGUUUCUUGUGCGUUAAGUUAUUCUGAGUUGGUUAAAGUUAAAAAUGAGGGAGACCAAAAGAAUGGAACAAAGUGGUGUUUUUGUUUUUGAGUAAUGAGGUGUUGUCUUCAUAUGUAUGCGUACAUGUGUGUGCAGUGAAUUAGCGAGUCUUCUUGAUCUCAGCUCAACCUCAGAUGAUCGUCGAGUCGAGUUUGUACGGCUUUCACCUACGUGAUGGGCUGAAAAGAGUUUAUACAUAUGGUUUGUUAUUUAUGACUAGAUAAUAAAGGGUCAAUAUCCUUGCAACAAACUGUUUCGUG